UUUAACAGUAUUUCAUUCGUACCCGCAGACAAAGCGAAAACCUUUUUUUCUCUUUUUGUUUUAUUUUGGCCAUGGCCGUUUCUUUCAAGUCACCAAAAACCAGCUUCUUUCAAUUGAAGAAGAGCCCUGACACCCAGUCUUUUAUCCGCUCUCCCUCUCAUAGAUUAGCAGUCCCAAGUACAAGAUUCACUCCAAUGGCUGCUGUUAGCACUAACCAAACCGUUGGGCUCUCUGAGACUUUCAUAAGAUUGAGAAAACAAGGCAAAGUGGCAUUUAUUCCAUACAUCACGGCUGGUGAUCCUGACCUUUCUACCACUGCAGAAGCAUUGAAGGUGCUUGACUCCUGCGGAUCAGACAUAAUCGAGCUGGGUGCACCAUACUCUGAUCCUUUGGCAGAUGGUCCAGUUAUCCAGGCAGCGGCUACACGUGCCUUGGCAAGAGGGACCAAUUUCAAUGCAAUUAUUUCAAUGCUGAAGGAGGUGGUUCCACAAUUAUCUUGUCCACUUGCACUAUUCUCAUAUUACAACCCGAUUCUCAAGCGUGGCGUCUCGAAGUUCAUGUCCACCAUUAAAGAUGUUGGAGUACAUGGGCUUGUGGUCCCAGAUGUUCCUCUAGAGGAGACUGAAAUUCUGAGAAAGGAAGCAGCAAAGAAUGGAAUUGAAUUGGUACUCCUCACAACACCCACUACCCCAACAGCUAGAAUGAAAGCCAUUGCUGAAGCUGCAGAAGGAUUUUUGUAUCUUGUAAGCUCAAUUGGGGUCACUGGUGCUCGCACGUCUGUGAGCGAUCGAGUUAAAACCCUUCUUCAAGAUAUUAAACAGGAGACAACCAAACCUGUAGCAGUGGGCUUUGGCAUAUCAAAACCUGAGCAUGUGAAACAGGUAGCAGGAUGGGGAGCCGAUGGUGUUAUUGUCGGGAGUGCCAUGGUGAAGGUGCUGGCUGAAGCGAAAUCCCCCAAGGAAGGUCUGAAGGAAUUAGAAAGAUUCGCCAAAUCCCUAAAAGCGGCACUUGAAUGAGAGUAAUUUUAUGGGAUAAAACUGAAACUGUUAUCUGUUGAUGUCAAUGUCAGUAUGCUUAGAAAAUAAGAACAGAUUGUUGUUGUUCAAUUUUGUGAGAUGAUGACAACUUCAAAAAAUUUCCAUUUCCCCGACUUUGCCUUUUUUA